AUGAUAAAGUUGUCCAGAUUUGAACAUUUGAAUCCAGGUGCUACAAGUGCCAAAGCCUUUGUUCGUUUUGGACACCACUACUUGAUUAAUCUCCCACGUUCAUUCGACGAUGAAUCAAUUAUGCUGGCCAGCAUCAAGAAACUAGAGGACGAGUUUGAGCGAGGUCGCUCUGCACGGGAACUGUACGAUUCCGUCCUGAUAGCAAAGCAAAAGCAACGGGCACAGGCCGCAGUCGAGAAUCUAAAUCAAGACGUCCAAUCCGAUGCAGAAGGCCAAAGCGAGGAAGGCGACUGGGGAAGCUACUCCGACGAUGAGCAGGAGGGAUGGGGAGGUCAGAAUAACCGUACGGAAGAGGAUAUGUCUGGCUAUGAUGGCAGCGGCGGUGGAGGCGGUGGGGGCGGUGGAGGUGGAAGACGGCCACGACGACCGCCGAUGAAGUUGCAGAGGGCUCACAGCGUUGCCCUUGGUGACAAAGGCGUUACUCAUUCUUUCUACUCGAUGAUCGCGUCUCAACACACCUCAUGGACAAAGAUAUACGCGGAGAAACGUCUUGGAAUGACAUUGAUCAAGGAGUCCGAAUCAUAUCAGGUGUCAAUCGUACAUGAGUCGUUUGAGUACAACGUCAGACUGACGAGUGAGUUGCAAUUGGAAAAAAUAUCUACACGCCCGUCCCGGUGGUUUAGCACAACACUGAAGAUGCGACAAGAAAUGGACGAGGAGACCCACACGAUGGACAUGACGCCAGACAUUCGCUUCUACGUGUCAACUACGGCGAACCUGCCUAAGACCGAUAGCUUGUACGUCAAACUGGAGGACUGCUGCAAGAAAGCGCCCGAUGGUCGCGGUGUCAUUGAGUUUUGCGACGACACGCGUGAUAAGGUGCGUAUCAGCCGUCACUUGUUGGACGCUGGAGAGUCCCCAGCAUGUAUUGGAACGGUGCGGCGCGUACGCGGUACGAUGUACUUCAAUUCGGCGACUCAAACCCAACUGUCAUUGAUGCAUAUCCGCGAGUUCGGCAUUCCCGAUCGGAACCCCGAAGAAGGCUUCAUGAGCGUUCGUGAUAAGGUUGAAGCGGAGUUUCUGCUACCCCCAUUGACGCCAGAGCGCCGCUUGCUUCCAGCCUUCGCCCGCGAGUUCUUGGCCACAGGAAUGGAGUUUGUCGACUUUUUGCGGGCUCAGGCUGAUCUGGAGAAGCCUUAG